AUGGCAGAUGAUUCUAAUCGAUUUGUUCUUUAUUUCGAUGUAUAUUACUAUUCAUAUUUCAUAAUUGGAGUUUUUGCUCAAUCUGUUCUUCUUUAUUUAAUUAAAAAUAAAAGUCCGCCGAGGUUAUAUAGCUUUUGUUACUUUUUAAUUAAUACUUGGAUUGUUCAGUUUGCGGUACUUUUGAUGACUUUCUUCACACAAUCAAGAUGUUUACCAAACUCCACAACUUACACCGUUCUACCUCGUGGUCCGUGUAAAUAUUUUGGACCGACCGCUUGCUUUGCCGGUUAUCACAUAUCAUUAGCUGUAUCAAUGGCUGUUGCUCUAUCGUUUGCUAACACAGUUUUAUUCCGAUAUUUGCCAAUUAGAAUGGCUUUAACAAAAAUCUUUUUUUUGACGAUGAUAACUGCAUGUUACAUUCCAGUAAUAUUUCUUGCGAUUGUACCUUUUCUGGACACUUGGGAUUUUCAAAAAGUACGUACCUUCACCUACCGAGAACAUCCGACGUACGAUUUUUCAAUAUACGAACCAUUUGGUUUUUCGAAUAUCCAAUCAAUUCCAUUUCUCACUGCGACUUCUGUAGUCGCAAUUGGAGCUCAUCCUAUGGGAUCAUUCUUUAUCAUAUUCUCAAUUUCAUCACUCAUUAAGAAACAUAAAAGCAUGUCUGAGAAAACAAAAUCUGUCUCAAGGAUGGGAUUAGCCAUUCAAACAGUGCUCCCAUUUUUGUCAUAUGCACCAAUUGUUUCAUUGUACUUGUAUUCCCAGUUUACUGGAAAAGAAAUUGUUCUGGUAGAGCAUUUUCAAAUGUUGUGCUCCGGGUUUCCUGCAUUAUGUGAUCCAUUUAUAUCUUGUUACUGUAUACUACCAUAUCGUCAAUCCAUUUUGAAAUUUAUUUCGAGAAAAGUACGAGGAGGCUCUGGCAGUACGAAAUCAAGAGUGUCUACGAUUUCAGUACGCUCCGUUAAUCCUCAUAUCUUCUAA